CCUGGGAUAAGACCCGCUGCCCGGCCCCGCCAGGGUGUGAUCUCCGUGGCUGCAGAGGACGAGCGCCGUCGCAUCUCGGCCCCAGGGAGGAACUUCUGCUUGGCUGACUGAACUCUGAUCCUGACAUACAGUCAAAAACAUGGCAGCCAAGGGAGGUUCUAUCAAAGGUGCUUCAGGCUUCAACGCCGCCGAAGAUGCCCAGACCCUGAGGAAGGCCAUGAAAGGACUUGGCACGGAUGAAGAUGCCAUCAUCAACGUCCUGGCCUAUCGCAACACAGCCCAGCGCCAGGAAAUCAGGUCGGCCUACAAGACCACCAUCGGCAGGGAUCUGAUGGACGACUUGAAGUCAGAACUGAGUGGCAACUUCGAGCAGGUGAUCUUGGGGAUGAUGACGCCCACGGUGCUGUACGAUGUGCAGGAGCUGCGAAAGGCCAUGAAGGGAGCUGGCACAGAUGAGGGCUGCCUAAUUGAGAUCCUGGCCUCCCGGACGCCCGAGGAGAUCCGGUGCAUAAACCAGACCUACCAGCUGCAAUAUGGGCGGAGCCUUGAAGAUGACAUUCGCUCUGACACAUCCUUCAUGUUCCAGCGAGUGCUGGUGUCUCUGUCCACUGGUGGCAGGGAUGAAGGAAAUUAUCUGGAUGAUGCUCUCGUGAGACAGGAUGCCGAGGACUUGUAUGAGGCUGGAGAGAAGAAAUGGGGGACAGAUGAGGUGAAAUUUCUAACUGUUCUCUGUUCCCGGAAUCGAAAUCAUCUGUUGCAUGUGUUUGAUGAAUACAAGAGGAUAUCACAGAAGGAUAUUGAAGAGAGUAUUAAAUAUGAAACAUCUGGUAGCUUUGAAGAUGCUCUGCUGGCCAUAGUAAAGUGCAUGAGGAACAAAUCUGCAUAUUUUGCUGAAAGGCUUUAUAAAUCUAUGAAGGGCUUGGGCACUGAUGAUAACACCCUUAUCAGAGUGAUGGUUUCUCGAGCGGAGAUUGACAUGUUGGACAUCCGAGCAAACUUCAAGAGACUCUAUGGAAAGUCUCUGUACUCCUUCAUCAAGGGUGACACAUCCGGAGACUACAGGAAGGUACUGCUCAUUCUCUGCGGAGGAGAUGAUUAAAAUAAAAUCCAGAAAGGAUAGGAGGAUUCCCUACAUGCUGAAUUUUCUUUAACUUCAUUUUUCUGCACUGCUAUUAGCAAUAUCUCAGAAUGCUUAUUUCCAAUUAAAACACCUACAGACGCCUCUUAGGAUAUAGAUUGUAUUAUUAUUCAUCUGUAAUUACUCACUAUGAUGCUUUAAAGCUGUACUUACAUCUCAAAGCUUAUAAAACCUAAAAGGAGAUUUAAAAUUAGAAAUAAGAAUGUGCUCCAUGUUUUCAACAGAUCUCUUCCUUGUUUGUGUUUCAUAGAAAUUGGAAUAUAUUAAAUUAUUUCAUAUUUUGUUUUUGGUGAAAACUGUUGAACUGGAAGACUGUUCUAAAAUCACUUUUCUUCCCUAAGUCUGUUUUUAGAGUGUCUAAUAAUUUCAUAAUUUGAAAUUGUGAGCAUCCAGUUAGUAAGAAUCUAUCCAAUUUGCUAUUUUACAUAGUCAUAGUUUGAAAGCAUCCACAAAUCUCCUUUGUGUAGGUUUUUGUCUAAAGCAUUAGUUGAUCUUUACUAAGUUUGGCAUUAGAGACUUCCUCCAUCACAUCUUAGGUUAAGAUCUCUUAGUCUCUCCAGGUUGGAGUAUACUAAACUCACCAACUUGUCUGAAGAAAUUCAAUUCUAAGUGUGGUUAUACAGAUCACAUAUGUCUGGUUACCAAACAUAAAUGCUGAACAUUCCACAAUAUUAUGGAUAAUAAUAAUAAUAAUAAUAUAAUAAAAUGAUGAUUGUAUUAAUCCAGCUUGAAGAUGAAUGAGAAAAAAUUGUGUCAAACUGCGUAUUUCUGGUGAUGGCGUACUGCUCUGAAUUUACUUUUACUUAAAGAAAAUUUUUUGUGCUAAAAAUUUUUUAAAUCAUUUUCAAUUUUGUUGAUUUGUAAUAAUUUACACUUGCACUGUGCCUUUCAACUCUAGAAUUAUUGUAAAGGUGUACUUGGAUUUAAUUUAAAACUUCGGUUUGUAUACAACAUGGGAAAAGUAAUUUCAAUAAAACACGGUGUCUUUCAAAUGAG